AUGAGUAGGCGGUCGUAUAAGUGGACCGGCACUGUAUCCCAAAGUGACCGAAAUACCCAAGCGGGUUGGAACCCGCCAGGCCCAAAAUACUAUGCAUAUUGCAAAACGAACACACAUCUUACAGCGAUGUGUAGUUGGGGCCCCUGGGGUCCUAGAUGUUUUAAAUGCAAACAAAAUGGGCAUGUGCAGCGUGAAUGUCCAGACUCGCAACCGAAACAUAGAAUCGGAAAUCAAAUCAAAAACUUUAGUACUGAUGCCCCGGUAGAACUCUUCGGUGUAGACAACACUAGACUUAGAACAAGAGGUACAGUUACCCUCGAGAUGAAUGUAUUAGGCGAUGAUCUUCUGCAGGAGUUCAUUGUCGUAGAUAGAAUCGAUGAAGAUUGUAUCUUGGGUUUAGACGCGCUCUACGAGCACAAAUUUAUUAUAGAUGGGAGUGAGAGAACAAUAUACCGUGUCAAAGAAACAAAGGAAGACACGGCCUCUGCGCCAGCCAUAAUUACAAAAAACAGGAUCACGAUCAAGCUCUUUAGUGCCACUGUCGUUGAAUCCGAUGGGGAAGGCGGGAAACUUCCACAGAAUAUUACAUGUUAUUUAGAAAGAGGGCCGGGAGUACACAGUGGGUUACGAGUGGACCCCUUCGUCUGCAGUGUUAACGAUUUAACAGUUUUUUCCGUAGUUUUAAUUAACGAAACCAAUGAACUAAUCACUGUUCCAAAAUUUCAAGUCAUUGGAAGAAUAGUAUUUGAAAGAACAAAAAAGAAAACAUCAAUUUUUGUGAGACAGAAGAACAAUCUCCUGUCGAUGUAG